AUGGAAGAGAUAAAGACGGCGCUCGCUGAGGCGGAUCCUUUCGCCAGCUGGUGGCCAUUUGUGUUGGCUGGGAUCGUAUUCGUCGUUGGCACCGUCAGAACGUUCAUGGGGGGUCAGCCGUGUCCGAAUGGGAACACCAUCCCCGAUCGUGUGAUCGUUGUGACAGGGGCAUGCGGUGGAAUCGGGCGCGAACUGUGUCGAGAGUUAGCGCGCCGGAAAGCGCACCAGCUGGUGCUCGGUUGCCGCAGCACGGAGAAAGGUGCAGCGCUGAAAGAACUGCUGCGUCGUGAAGCGGUCGAGUGUCGGGUGGAUGUCCUCGCGCUUGAUCUCCGUUCGUUCGACAGUGUCCGAAGGUUCGUGCGGCAAGUACAGGCAUCGUAUCGGGCGGUGGAUGUACUGGUCAAUUGCGCCGGCGUCAUAUUUCAUCCACCGGAACGCACGCCCGAUGGUUUCGAGCCGCAUCUGCAGUGCAACUUCCUAUCGCACUUUCUGCUGACGCAGCUGCUCCGCCCGAACCUGGUUCGUUCGCAGUAUGGUGGUGGGCGAGUGGUAAACGUGUCCGCACACGGCUAUACCGCUGGCAAGAUAGCGAACCGUGAGGAUCCACUCAACCUGCGCCUUUCGACGCCCGUCUCCGGGCGGGAUGCGUUUGCCCACUCCAAGCUUGCGAUCGUGCUGGCCACUCGGAUACUGUCACAUAAGUUUGCGGCCGGACUUCAGGGGGACCGCUCCAACGGUGUCACCGUCAACUGCUGCUCACCGGGGCUGGUCAGGGGUACCGGUCAUCUGCGCCAUUCGCCCAUCAUGAAAGCACUGUUCGCGAAGGUGCUCACCUACCCGUGGAUGUGGCUGUUCAUGAAAAGUCCCGUCCAGGGGGCGCAGACAAUCGUACGGCUUGUUACAGACCCCGAGCUUGCUGGAACAAGUGGGGAGUUUUUCAACGAUUGCGAGCGCGUUGAACUCUCCGAGAUUGCCAAGGAUGACGAGCUGGCCGAGCGGUUAUACCGGGAGGCAAUGAAGGCGGUCGGUCUAGAUGAGGAUGCGCCAAAAUUGUAGAACCCGGGGAACUACGGAGAAAUCAAUCAUUAAAUUCUUUUGUUUUUCAAAUAAUAGAACGUGGAUUUAAUAAAUAAGUUUACCUACCUUGGGUGCCAUCUACAUAAUCCCUUUACGGUUUAAUUAGUUGUGCUAAAAUUAGAAAAAUGUUUAGAUGUUAAUGGAUCUAUAAAGAACGGACGUCGUAUAAAAAAUAGUUCUUACCAAUCCUUGCCCUGUUAAUUUACAUCAGGAUAGCCCUAUGCCAGGACAUUCGGCGAAAAAUCUGCAAACCAUCUUCCACGAGCGUUUCGGAUCAUCCAAAAACAUAACAUGGAUUGUUUAUGACAUUUCGCUUUCGUCCAUUUUAUUAAAUUCUGAUAUUUCUUCUAUUUCUCUAGAUUUUCUUUUUCUCUUGUGUAUUUUCAUCCCUCGU